CUGAAGAGGUGUGGGAGCCUGUAAAGUCGUACCGGAAAGUGCUAUCAACGGAGGAGGAUGGAAGUAUAACGGUAGCUAAUGUUACUUUCCUUGAGAACCUCUACCCCCUUCUCAACUCAGGGCCGGACGAGUACUUCCCCCUAUUAUGCCCUGAGCUCGUCGCAGCGAGAGUGAAAGGGCUGGUCGCCCAAGAGGGUGCUUUCCCUAUAGGCCGCGGAUACAACUUCUGGGGCGAUAACCCGCUGCACACGGCAUAU